AUGCGAUUCUCAUCCGCCGUCUUCUUCGCGGGGAACGCACUCGCCAUCGCCCAGCAAGAGUGUCUCGCCCAAAACAGCGCUGACCUGGCCGCUUACGCCGACUGCGCCGACCAGUCCGCCCUCGCUGGGUGCCUCUCCAAGCUCGAAUCCCCCGAAGUGCCCGCCGUCCAGGGCUGCUACACCGACGCCGGCUGCUCCUCCCAGGAGGCUAUCGCCGAGGCCCGCCGCACAUGGCAGCGAUGCGAGGAGCUCGCCAAGGGUGAGGACCUCAAGAAACGCUUCCCGGCCGCUCCUCUUCCCACCAUCGCUCCCCGCGUCGCUGCCGCUGGGCCCACCCUCUUCAAGCGAGAGACGGCCGACACCUCGUCUGGCAAGGACUGCUUGACCGCCAAGGUCAAGGAAACGACAGAUUGCGACGUCAAGACCAAGAGCGGUACGGCCGAGACGGGAUCCUGCUCCUCCAUCACCACCACCACGAGCACCUGCCGUGACGAUGUCAUCUGCACCAUGCUCGACAACAGCAACGAAACCAUCUGCCUGGUCAAGAAGGAGAUGGACACGGCCGGCAUCAUCAUCGCCAUCGUCUUUGCCGGCGCCCUCGCCCUCAUGAUGGGUUACCUGACCUUCAUGUGCUGCAGAGACAAGAAGGAGCAGAAGCGUCUCGCCGCCAAGUCCGAGGCCGUCGCUCUCGCCCGUGCCGCCACCAAGAAGCAGCGCGCCGCCCAGCGCCAGCCCCUCAUCCGCAACGCCUCUGGUCAGUCGAACCCAUCAAACGCCGGAGCCAACCCCUUCCAGGACCAGACCCGAAUCUAG